UUUUUUAAUAAAUAAAAGGAACAGAUGGUGAAAUCGUGAAGAAUUAAUCAACUUAGAAAAUCCAUCCAUCAGAAAGAAGAAGAAAUUGCAAAUGGAAUCACUUAUGAUUUGUAAUUACACGACUACUACAAAUUAUGGUAUGAGCAGCAGCAGCCCACCCAUGAUGAUAAACAUCAUCACAAACCCAUCAAUUUGUACUGCAAAUAGGCCUCCUCAAAAUCGCUUUCUUCUUCAUUCUAAGAAAUCCAAUUUCCAAGAUUUUCAGGGCUAUGCAAAACCUACUCGUCUUUUGCCUGCCAAUGAAGUGAAACCAACCGCAGAUUCUUCAUUGGAAAAGCUGGUUACGUCUUUCAAAGAAGACAGACUUGAAUGCUUAUACAAACUUACAAUUCAAACGAGUAAUUACUUUGGAUCAGGUCUUACUGACUCAAGUUCUGGAAUAUUACUGUGUUUGGUAGACAAAAAUGGUGAUUCAAUCUUGCAAAGGAUAGCGGCAACUUCAGAUACAGAUCAUCCUCUGCAACUGAAAGACAAAGAUGAUUCUAACGUGCUCCACUUUCAAAGAGGAUCUAUCAAUCAUUUCACUUUUGAAGGGCCGGCAAUUGGAAAACUUGAAGCUCUAUGGAUCGGCCUUGAAUCAGGUCAGUGGAGACCAGCAAGUGUAAGCGUUAUUUGUUGGUCGCGAUCUCCUAUGAGAGCAAACGAAAAUCAUCAUUUUGAUAUAUUCCAGUAUGAUUUCAUAGCUGAUGACGUUCUGCUAGGGGAUGGAACUGACAUUUCCAUGGUAGAACUUAGACCGACCAUAGUUACCGAGAUGUCUAGGGACAAUUUGGCCUUAGAUCAAAAUAUUUCCCAGCAACCUUUAUUAAGCAGCUUAUCAAAUGAAGAAAGCAUGAAAGAAUAUGCAGAUUUGAAGUUCUCGCUAUUGCUUUAUGAUGCACUCCUUAUAGUCGCUGGAUCUACAGUUGCAUCCUUCUCUGCUGGUGAUAAUGCUGCAUUUGCUUUUCUGACGGGUGGAAUAGGUGGUUUUCUUUACCUUUUAUUGUUGCAGAGAUCGGUUGAUGAACUGCCAUCACCAGUUCUGGACCGGAGUGGGGGUCUUGACCAAAUGUUUGGACGGUUUAAGGGUCAGGUGACCACUCUGGUUUUGGCACUUGCGUUUGCUGUCAUUGUGGUUAAACUUGGUAAUGGAGAUCAGUCGCUGGUUUUAACACCUAAAGAUCUUGUUUUUGGCACGAUGGGGUUUCUUUCAUGCAAAGUUGCUGUCUUAUUAGCAGCUUUUAAACCGUUGCCAGUGGGAGCAAAUGAGAACCAGUAGAAGGUGCUACUGUAUAAAUUCGAGGGGCCUUGUAUAGUUGUAUACAAAGUAGAUGAUGUAUAACUUGAAUUGUGAUAUAGUAGAUCGAUAAUCACACAUAUUAGUGGUAGUCAUUGCAACAAACGUAAAGUUCAAAUUUAGUAUUAUGUAGUUUGGUUACAUUUUAACAGUAAGAAUUGAUGUUCAAUAUAUGAAUUUUGUGUGUCAA